UUGCUCCUCCAGAACUUUUACAUAAUCUGAGCCCCCGUUUUGCUAGAAAUUCGGUUAACCAAGAGAUGUCGUUCACACAAGUCGCACGUAGCUGCGGCCGAUUUGCGGCUGCCCUGAGCACAGUUCGCAUCGCCAGUGCCGUUGUUCAGACGCAGUCUAGGAUGUUGCACCGGAUUGCCGUGCCUGCCAUGGGCACUCAGCUCACCCAAAAGUUCACAAUGCGCAACUACUCGGCCAGGAAUACCAUUGAAGAAAUUGAGCAUCGUGUGUUAAAAGUCGUGUCCGCCUACGACAAAGACAGCAGAUGUCGCUGGCAAACGCAAUCGGUGCGCAGUUACUCGGCGAAACCGCCAUUGUCACUGAAGCUUAUCAACGAGCGCGUCUUGCUUGUGUUGAAGCUGUACGAUAAGAUCGAUCCCAGCAAGCUCAACGUGAACUCGCACUUCAUUAAUGAUCUUGGACUGGACUCUCUGGACCACGUUGAGGUCAUCAUGGCCAUGGAGGAUGAGUUUGGCUUUGAAAUUCCAGACUCGGACGCAGAGAAGCUUUUGAAACCUGCCGACAUCAUAAAAUAUGUGGCCGACAAGGAGGACGUAUAUGAUUAAAUGUAACGCGAAUCCAUUAAAAGAUUACACUAAUUUUAAAUGAAA